UCACCGCCCCUCUUCUCUCACCAUCUUCAUCACAAAUACCGAAAGCACACCAUCAAUAAUCUGCGUACGUACAUAUAUAUAUGUGCUUUAAUGGCUCCCAGGGAAAAGCUUCAGCCGGUCGCCGCCAAUCCAAAUCCCAAUUCUAAGGAGAUCAGGUACAGAGGCGUCCGGAAGCGUCCGUGGGGACGUUACGCUGCUGAGAUCCGGGAUCCCGGCAAGAAGACAAGAGUCUGGCUCGGAACAUUCGACACUGCCGAGGAGGCGGCGCGUGCUUACGACGCCGCUGCGCGUGAGUUCCGGGGCGCUAAGGCGAAGACGAACUUCCCGACUGUGGCCGAGCUGAAUAAUAACAAUAACGGUGGUGCGAACAAUAGCAACAGUUUUACGCGGAGUCCCAGCCAGAGCAGCACCGUGGAGUCCGCUUCUCCUCCGCCACCACCGCAGCUGGAGCUCAGUCUCGGUGGCGGCGGCGGUGUCGGCCCUUGCUUUCCUCUUCCCGUCGUGGCGCGUCCGGUGUUUCUUUACGACGUGACGCCCCGAGGUGGAUGCGGCGCCGGCGUCACCGGCGCACGUGUUUCUCGCGACGCCUGCAGGUUCGAUCGGACGGUGUCGGGCUUUCAACUUGCUCCGAUGAGGGGAAACGCCAGCGGAGUCUCGGGUGGGACUCAGAGCGAUUCCGAUUCGUCAUCGGUCGUGGAUUACGACGGCGGUGCAGGGAGAAGAUCGUUUCACGAUUUUGAUCUGAACCUCCCCGCAGCUGAAGUGGCCUGAUUUUUUGUGACCCCGUCGUUUUUCCGCUUUAGCACUUGCGUUUUUUUACUUUAUUUUCCCUUUCUUGUUUGCUGGAGGUGAGAGAAAGGCUGAAGCUUCCGUUUGGUUUUUUUUUUUUUUUUUCCGCCCCUUCUCUCUAAAACGAUGUCGUCUUCCAUUACAGAGAGAGAAAGUAAGCUGACAUGUACGGACUCAGAAAAAAAAAAAAAAGAAAACAUAUAUAUAUAUGUAUAUGUAUAUAGAUAACUCCGGAGAUCUGGUAUUUUUGCAACCGAGAAAAUCCAUAAUUUCUCGUUGUUCCGUCUC